GGUCUGUUCCUGCAGAGGUUUCCGGAUCAGCAUGCUGUGGUAAACAAACGUCAUUCCACCAUAAAGGCAGAAGUUUCAUUAUCAUGUCAGAGUAUCUGGUCUGAGCUCUCUCUCUCUCUGUGGUCUGUCUGUGUGGGUUAUAAUGGGAGGACUGGUGCCCACUGUGCUCGUGAGUUAGCAGACAGGCUCGCGCAGGUGGACUAGUCAGACAGGUUUGGGACUGGACGCCUUUUGUGUUGUUCACCUUUACUGAGGGCGAUGCAGGUGAAUGUAAAGUUACCAUGAAGAUAGUCGCGACUGUAGCGCUUCUACACCUAUGUUUCUGCUUCACAGGUGAGUUUUCAAACAGCCAGGUGACAUACAGGUGAGUCUCCAAACCUUUCCUGACGCUGUUUUUCUUCUUCUUCACCGUCUUUUAAAGCGGUAGUUUCGGGUGAUGACUCCACCGAAACGGCCCUGACAGCCGCACCGGGAGACGUCGCGAUACUUCCGUGUUACUCCAUCGGUAACGUAACACCAAUUGUAACGACAUGGAUGAAAAACGGACAAGAAGUCAUUUCAGGUGGAGUUUCUACACACGUAGGAGAGCAGCAGAGGCUCACGGUGCUGCAUGACGGGAGUCUGAACAUCCGGGGGGUGACACCUGGAGACGAGGGCAGCUACCUGUGCCGCUCCACGCUGCCAGGCAACAACACCUUCAGGGCGCGCGUGCUGCUGCAAGUAGGGAGUAAGUGAAGUUUACAAGUCCACGUCUGGAGUCCAGUCUGGUUUAAUUGGAGGUUUUUACUCUGUAACUGGGAUUCGUUUGAGGUUUUCAGCGUGAACUGGUUCCUCCACAUUACAGAGAUGUUUCUGGCGCUGACUUUGAGGAAACGUGGAAGUCCUGCUGAGAUAAAAGUGACGGUGUCAUGCUGUCGCGGUGAGGCAGUGGAGGGUCAUGUCAGUUAACAUGGGUUAUACUCAUAGACAUACAGUCUAUGGUUAUACUGUACCUGAGUCAAUGACGUGACGCCUAAAUGUUCUGUCCGGCUGUAUUUUUUUUAAGUUAAAAAAAGGUUUAAAUGCACAAAAAUACAUGUAAUAUCUCUCUCAUAUAUUUAGUCACUUCAACUUUUCAAAAAUCAGGUCUUAUUUGUAAUUUUUCUGAACUUCAAAGUGUCCAAAUAUCAUGUGGUGCGACCAAUAACAUCAAUUGUAUUAAAUACAAACUCAAAUAUCUAAUUUCUGUAACUGAAACAUUAAUACCUGAUACAAUAUGCGUAAGUGAAAGGUAGUUUUAAAACAUUUUUAUCAGUGUUAUGCAAUUCAAAGAAAAAAUUAGUCAGUUAACUACAUUUAAUUUAGUGACUGUGACAUUAUAGAGCUAUAAUGUGAGAUUAUUAUUUACAAAAACUCAAAUGAAAUGCAAACACUCUGUUUUUAUCUACUUCACAUUACUGACAAUUUGUAAAAAAAACUAUUAAGUAUGUUGAAAAAAAUUUAUUAGUUUUGAGAUAAAUGAUGGUCGCACCACAUGAAAUUUUUUAAGGCCACGGGCAAUUCAUCCAUAUGAAAAGACACUAAAAUUGGGUAAUUUAAAAUUUUAACAUUAAUUUUGUAUACACAACAUCCUUAGUGUUUGAACUUUUGCAAAAUAUAUUAUUAUUUGUGUUAUUUUAAAAUUGGCAUGUUUAAAACCCUUAUACAUCAUUAACCCAUCUACAGUGUUUAAGGCAACAGAAAAUGAGCGGGUGUCAUGUUUAUAACAGCCUCAGAGGAUGAUAUUAAAUUAUACAUCAACUAAAACAAACUGUCAGGGACAACAUUUUCAACUUCGACAAUCCUUAAAGGUUAAAGUUAUCUCUUACCUUUAUUUGUAACUCAAAGUUGAUGCUGAAGUCAGAUUUCCUGACAUUAAGAAGAACUAUCAUUAUGCUGGCUUUAACAGACACUCACUGUGGAUAUUUGAGGAAUUUACAGGCAUUAAAAAAGACCAUAAAUAAACAGUUAGCCUUCCUCUUAAUGGUAUAGUUAUUCUUUUUGGAGUUCAUGGCCUCUUAGUUCAUCGCCUUGUAAAAAUACGUUAAAAAAAUACCUGCAGAAAUACACACAACCUGGGUUAUCAUCUUCCUUUUUGCAAUGCGUAGUAUGAAACUAUUACAAGUUAACUAUGAGGAAAAGAGCCGACUGUCACAUCUACAGUGGGAAGCAGAGCGUUUUUGCAGUAAAACAGCUUUGAAAAUUGUCUCAAAGCAGAACUUUGAUACAAGUUCCAGUUUCUACAUGAUCAAAAAGGUCAAUGGCAUCAAAGUAAGUUCUCAGUUUUCAGGACCAAAUGUUUAUAGAAAAAAUGACAUUUAAGAUGUAAAGUUUCACACUAGACUAAUAAAAAGUAAGCUUUAUCUGCUCUGAGGCUGUCAGAUCAACUCAAACCAUAGACACGUACAGUAUGUGUACAAACAUUUUCCCUGACUUCUUCUGGUAUCUAUUUUAAAAAUGCAUUGCUUACAGAGGCUUGUUUUUCUCUCUUUUAUUAAUGUCGUAAUAUGUUUUUUUUAAUCAGUUUAAGCUGGAGACUUCAGAAAUAUCACCUAUUAAGUAGAGGGAUUUUUUCUCGUGAGAUUAUAGAAAGAUAAGGUCUGAGUUGUUGCUUGUUUCACUCUCAGGUGGUCCAGAAAACAUAUCAACAUCUAUAAGUCCAGCCACCACCCUUCCCAACAGGACCCUCACUGUCCACCAAGGUUCAUCUGUCUCCUUUAGCUGCUCCGCCUCCUCCUAUCCAUCACAGCAGCUCACUUGGUCCUUCAGAGGAGCCACAUCCAGCAACGAGUCUCUGGUCUCAUCCUCUGGAUCCUUUCUGGACUUCAGGAUAGAUGACAUCCAGCCCAGCAAUCAGGGGGUUUACACCUGCACGGCCUACAACAACUUCACCAAACAGGUCGUCAAUCAGAGCUCAGAGCUGCUGGUUUACUGUGAGUAUCAUCGACUCUGUCAUCUGUUUUUCCUUUUCUUUCCCCUUCUCUCAAAAUAUAUGAGGAGUAAGUGGAGGUAGAGCAUGCAGCUCUGGGUGGUAGGUGAGCUAAAACAGGCUGAGAUGGUGUCUCACUGUACAGUAUUUAGGUUGUGUUCUUAGCUGGUUGAUUGAAACACUUUGUGUUUCUGCUGCUUGGUGAGUUUUUAUUUGCCCUGUGCGUGGUGUGGUUCUCAGUGUGCCCUGGUGAGGACAGACUCUGUGUACUUUUUUUAAGCAGGUGAUGAUGACUAACUUUGACUAUUUAGACAGGAGGGAAAAAUACACAACAUAUAAUGUGAUAAUUAAUUUCAGGAAAGAGACAACUGAAGAUCAACGUUAUUUAUCCUUUUCUCUUAGUGCUUAAAAAGAUGUAUACUGAUGUCUUUUUGUGACCUAAAAAAAGGAACAAUUUGGCUUCCUUAAUUGCUGGUAUCACUGUCACAGGGUAGGUGUUGCAGAAAGAAAGUUAAGGCUGCAGAAACAGACAGUGAUAGAUUAGAGAGAUUGCAUGUUGGUAACAGGUAGUGAGGUUUUUGCAGAUUGUAUAUUACCCCCCAUGUUGCACAUCUUACAAACGAACAAUGACACUUUAUGAGAUUCAACCAGAAAGAUAUUUUUCAUCAGUUAGAUAUUUCAAAACCUGCUGUCCACGUGAAAAUGAUGAAAUGUGGUGACAUGAGGAUGUACGGCCUUGUUUUUGUCCAGCUCUUUCAGUGGAACCAAAACUGUCUGCCUGUGGUGCCAUCAGUGGAGCGGCUUCAUGCACUGGCAUGUUUGUCUUACACUUAGACUGUAUAUACUAUGGACAACUUGGUUCCGCCUGCCGCCAGUAUACGGAUUUGAAGCCAAAAAGCUCUCGGUAUUCCCACGAUUUUUCUUCCUUUCCAAUUAAAGCAACCAGCAUUGCGCAGUAGCAUUGUACGCAUUCAGCGGGAGAGUUGCUGUGAUGACACUCGGCUCAAACACCCCGGGUGAGCUACGCAAUCCCUGAACGCCAGUAGGCUGUAUCAGGUGUCAAUCAUAGAAAACAUGAACCCCCUAAUAACUUUUAAAAACUGAGCUUCACAGAAAAAAGAGGACUUGAGCACAAACCAGUCUUACAGUAACUACAUGUCAACAUCACAAGCAGGGGGGAGAAAAAUGUAUGUUCAGUGUAAUAAAUUUCUCAAGUUGGUCCACAGCCCCAUAAGCUUUACCGGUGGAGGUGGGAUUUAUGACCUAUACUGCAGCCCAUCAACAGAGGGUGCUGUUCUCAGAGUGGCUUCACCCAGUAAGGAGGCAGACGUUGUCCAUUCUUUAUACAGUCUCUGGUCUUACAUGUUACCAUGUUUGUUUGGGGUACAGCUUCACACAUGGAAAGAGCUUGUUUUGCCAGACAAAGCCCCCCCUCAGCAAAAAGAGUUUAUUAAAUAGCCAGUUUGUCCAUGCCGGAGUUGAUGCACAUAGAAAGUUCCCAACAGCAGCUGAAAAUAUCUUACACAGGGAACUUUGAUCAGGUUUUGCAUCCCACUUUUGCCCCCGACGAAAGAAGCCGUACACUGGUUUUUUUUUUAGACCAUUUCACCCUCUUUUACUGUUUGUUGUCUCCUCCAGAUGUUCCAGACCUACAUCCAGACUGUAUGUGGUCUCCAGCUCAAGACCCCUCCCAUGUCUUAUUCAUCUGCUCUUGGGCUAAAGCGUAUCCAAGCCCGUUGCUACACCUCGAGGACUUACAGGGGACCAAAGGAGCAGCCUGGGGGGCUCAUGUUAAUAAAUCAGCAGUUACAAGCAGCCUGUCCAUGAUGCUGAACCGCUCCGAGUUGUUUGAGGAUCAGACUCUGAGGUGCACGGCCCGGCAUCCAGCACUGGCUCCGGGGGAGGAGAGGGAGUGUUCGUUACCCCUCAGUAAGCUCUUUGUGGUGACAUGAAACUCUUUCUGCGCUGAGAUGUGAUGCUGCUGAAUCUUUUAUGUGUUUUCCACUUUAGAGGCCUCAGAGACACCAAGAGAGUCCUCAGUGAGGGUCUGUUUAGAGUCCAAUCCCACCCUCAAAAUGAUGCCAUCUCAAUUAACACCAUUCAAGUAACGGCAUGCAGAGAGUUUUGAUUAUCAAGGCAUCUGAUUUUGAGUUUUAUUCCCAACAAAUCAGUGUCAGUUUUGAUGCAAAUGAAAAUACACAGCAUCUCACCCUGGGAACUAAGAUAUAGCCUGUGGGAAGGGAGCUUAGCAGACUGUCAGCAGUCACAGAGGCUCUUGUUUGUGGUAUGAGGUCAUGUGAGGAGGUGGAAACACAGUGUUUAACUUGACUUUAUCUGCUGUGGCUUGGAGAUAUCUGCCUGUUAGAUUCCUGCCUCCACCCAGGUUCAGCUGAGGACAAUACAGUUGUAUUCCUGGUGUUCACAGAGCUGUAAAAGCAGACACCCUCUCAGUCAAAAUGUUUCUUUUAUUGUUGCUUUUGUCAGUUUGGUGAAAAACAGCACCAAUAGAAACUGCUCAGCACAUGUCAGGACUUUCCUAGACUUAAAGACACUGUUCCUGGAAAGAGAUUUUUCCACUUAAAGAUUCCCAGAGGGGCAGGAACACCCCUGUUUUUACUUUUUCCCCUUAAACAUUCUCAUCAAAUGACACAUUGGACUGAUGAAAGUCAGGAGGCACUUUUCAAGCAUGUAGAACAAGAAAGGCAUAGACUGUUUUGCCCACUAGGGGGUGCCAAAAUUGAGACAAACUGAAAAUUCCUCACAGGAGCUUUAAUUGUUAAACUUUAUUUUACUAGGAGCAUAAAAUCUCAGAGACAAAUAUCUAUUUUAACAAAAAGCUUGCCCCCAUCACAUUAUGAACAGCUUACUUUGAGAACAAAUAAAUACCGGCAUGGCUGAGAAUCACGGCAGGCGUGCGAGAAAAUAGUUUAUUGCAGAGUCAGAGAGGGUUAUAAGCAUGAAUACUUCAGCCACUGAUAACAUGAACCUCCUCCUCCUGUAGCUGCUCCCUGCUAAACUCAAGACUUAACGUGUGAACCAACAGACACUAACCACAUGCUGUGGAAAAGAAGUCAGAUUUUAUAAUAAAAUCAUUCGAAUCAGACCAGAUUUUCUGCUCCAGGUUAAUGUUCUCUUGUAAAACAAAGUGCCACACCAACACAGUUGUAAGCAUGCAGGACAUGUGAACAGUCAGUGAGUCAUGGAGGAGUUUUAUCUUCUCAGGAGGACAGGAUUGUGUAAACAGUCAGCUGAUGUCCAAAUGUGUGAUUGUUGUUUUAGACUGACAGCAGCAGAUCAUUCAAACAAAACACAUGUCAAUCAAAUAGGCUCACUGCUGAAGCUCCAAUUAAAAUAUGGCCGGUCAUUAUACAACAUUACACUUGACGUCAUUCUCACUAACACAGAUAGAAUUACGGAAAUCUGUAGCUCACAAAAGCUUUCACAGUUUUUGUGUUAGUCAAAGUUGACUGAUCUAUUUUGAUGCUCAAAAGUGCCAAAUAUUAAGCAAUAAGUCUGAUAUUUUCAUAAUCUGUUAAAACUUGAAAUAUUCCUUUAUCCAUCGAUGGAUAACUAAGCAUGGGAUAAUUGUGCUAGUGGACACAGGCCCUCACAGAGCAGAUUCUCACUCCCUUGUCGAGAGUGUGGUGUAUAUAGAGAGCGUGUUGUAGGUCCAUUUUCAGCAGCAGUGGGUGUUCAGAAGAUCGCGAUUGAAGCUACAGCUAACUCCUAACAGAUCAGUCUUUGUCUUUUUUUCUUAGAGUGUCCGUUCCCUGAUGGUGAGCCUCUGGUCACGGCUCUGGAAGGUUCAAGUGUAACUUUAAUCUGCACCGAGUCCACUUCCAACCCGUCUGCAAACACAACGUGGAGGAAAGGGCUUCAGCAGGGGGACAUCAUCCCUGGAUCCAAGUACGUCAUAUCUGAGGAGGGCCCCGUCCUCAAACUGACAAUUAACAACGUCACAAAAGACGACGAGGGGGUUUACUUCUGCCGCAGCGAGAACCCGCUCACCAUCAGAGAGCUGGAGGUCUACCUCACAGUGAGGGGUGAGUGUGGGAGGACAGGGAGGGUUUUGGAUUCAAUAUGUACUGGAAGAUGUUAUUUACGCUGACGCUGGUUUCUUUUUAUUACAUACAGAGGGAGUGAAAUCUUAAAAAUGUAAACAGAUGUAAUCUGAAACCAUCUGAGAAUCUGUGUUAGUAGUUGUUUAGUACACAGCUCAAACUGCCUGUAGACGGAGCACAGAUUCACACAAUGAGCCAGUCCCUGCAGGUGCGGACUCCACCUCUGGAAUGCCGGUAAACCUGCUGCUUCACCUUUUCACUGUUUCCUAAUCCUCUCCUAUCUUUUUGUUUGGCUUCAGCAGCCUCCUCAGCGUACACAGGAGCCAUCGUCGGCCUCUUCAUCGCCGUACUGAUCGUCGGAUCAGCUGCAAUAAUCGCAAAAACUAUUUACUCCAGCCGCCACAGAAUAUGUCUGGGUAACCUCGACUUGUCUAUUCAACAUAAGCAUAAAAGUCACAAAUGCAUGAAGUAAACAUGUGCAUGAAAGUUUAAGAUACUAAAUUAUAAUUCUCUUUUCACACUGUUGUUUCAGGAGGAGGCUUUGGGUGAGUAUCUUCAAUUUACUUCUAUUUUAGAAUCACUGAACUGGUGCGCACAUUCAAGGUGACUCUGGCUUAUAAGGUCUUCUGUGAGCUGACAUAAAUGCAUAAUAAGGUACUUUUGCACCUAUUCAUCAUGGCAGAUGAUUAAGGAACACCACUGGCCUAGUGUCCUCAACGUAAAUCCCAGAUAUGAAGGUUAUGAUCCUCAUGCGGGUUCAGUUCCAGCCUCGUUCCUGCAUGUCAUUUCCGCUGUUAUCUCUUGUCCAAAUGAAGGCAAAAAGCCUGAAAAAUAAAUCUCAAGGAAAGAGAAAUAAAUAAUAAUAUCCUGAAUAUCCUUGGGCAUGUGUGGACAUCGCUGAGUUCCACAUGUUCUGAGGAAAAUUUUGUGUCACAUCAAUUUGAACACAGCAUGUUUAAUCUUUUUGCUAAAGUUGUCCCAUACAUGUAAAAGUUUUUUCAUUAACUAAGAAGUCCUCCUGUUUCUAUUUUAAAUGUUUAAAUGUAUCACCCAUAUAGAGUCUCUGCUAUGAAAAUGAGCAGUUUUGACUGUGUGCUGUUUUUGCAAACUCUAAACACAUCUUGUGUAAUUAAAUUAAAUCAAACUUUAGUUAACAGUCACAUACGCAGUCUCACCUAAGCCCACACAUACAUGGAUGCUAAGAUAGUGGACAUGUGACUGUGUAUAGAUGAACAAGUUGAGAGUACUUAGUCUGUAAACGUGAGAUCGUGUUUACGUGUAUAAGGCACUAACUGCAUUACUAGACUUGAAUAAUACUUCAAUUAACUCACCUGAAAGUGUUUUUUCUGAUAAAAUCUGCAUUUUGACUCUUUUUCUCACUCAGAAACUGUCUGAAUGCUAAUAUCUGAAAAGCCCCUUGCAGGAUUCUUCUGCAGGGAAACAUAACGUUUACAUUCAGUGCUUUCACCAAAGCACACUGUUUACACCUUUCAGGCUCUUUUUCAGCAUUUCAAAGCAAUUGAACUCCUGCAAUAAUAAACUGUUUAUAUUGAUAUUUGUUGGUGAGGGUUGUCUCUAUUUUGCUGCUCCUUUUAUUUACACAUUAGAACUGACAACUCUAUUGUACAAAGGAUACUAAAACCUUUGAUUGGAUCCCUUUUGUGAAAAACCCACAGCUGAACACCUCACUAAUCCUCUAUGGAAUUAGGACACAGAUGUUGACUCAUCAGAAAUAACUCCUGGGAUGCAUUUAGCAACAGAGAUUUGACGAUGUAUAUCAGUGGGAGGAGUCUCAGGCAUUUUUAUUCCUGACCUGCAUGAUGUACUCUGCUGCCAGAUAAUUAAAUUGUAUCUCUGCUCUGUAGACAAGUGGACGAUGACAGAGGUGAUGUACUGAGUCUGGUGGAUUCGGACGACGAACAGAUUUUUCAAGACGCCGUCCCCCGACUGCCUCCAGUAACCAACGGACACCAAACGACACUCGUCCAGAUACACAGAAUCCCAUCAAGUAGGGUCUUUAUGAAGUGUUAUGUCAAGUUUAAGAAGUUCAAAGACAUCCCGUGACAUAAAAAUGUGUGUGUUAUUUUUCCAGGUGAUCAUGAGGAAGUAGAAACAGCUGACACGAGCACUCAGCAGCAGGGAGACACUGCACAGACAGAAGAGCCAGUGGAUCUUGUGACAUUUUAGGUAUCGGGUGUUUUUAUUAGAGGAGUGCUUUUGUUUUAAGUAAAAACUACAUCCAAUGACAAUGUGAAAGAAAUCGGUGGAAGACUCUUGUAAAAAUGAAUAUCUGAUCAUUUGUUGUUUUUUUUUAAAACAGGGUUUACAGCUUUUUAAGCUUCUUUUUAUGAUUUAUUUGUUUGUACAGCC